ACCGGAAAUCUCUAGUUAUUAAUGAGCGCUCACAAAAGUAUUACGGAGGUACUGCGCCGACUUGUUCUUUCUGUCGGCAUACGUAGAGUUGCCUCCCACUCCCCUUUAAGUUCGGCUGGAAAAGCAUGCCGAGGAAGUGUCAAACUUUCCAAUAGCUCAUCUGAGAGCGAGUGUGCGGUGCCGCAGGAGACGAGACGCGACACGACGCGACGGCUACACAGACUGACAGCGCAGCAGCCCCGCAGAGCGAGCAAGUCGAGGGCUCCGUUCGGGUUUUAAGCAAAGGGACAAAAAAAAGUGAAGCCCUUUACUCACCAAACAUGACCCAAGGCUCGUGGCUCAUGUAUUGUCUCUUGUUGAUGACACACAAGGUGGCUGUUUCUGAGGUGUUGUACAGCAUUGCGGACAUGGACUGGGACUGGGGCUCCGGCCUGCACGAGCUGCUUCACAAUUUUCCUGCAGACAGCCCCUUUGUUUCAGCAGGGUCUCAAGUCAACUGCUCACAACGCUUUUGGCUUCCUUCAUCUUCACCAAUCUGCUGGGAGAACAUAGCAGGGCCAGAAGACUUUGAGAAGUCCCGGCUAAUGGUUUUGCAAAACCGUGCAGCACUGAGAGCUUUGUUGGUAGCGAGUGGCCUUGGAGAAGAAGAGAUAUCUUAUGAACGAGUUGCCAAACUGGAGAUCCAGGGUGUCCGGGCAGAUCACCUUAAAAUCAUGGAGAUGGCUGAGACAAUGCAGCAGGUGUUUCAGGGUUUGGAAAAGCAGCAGAUGGAAAGCAAGGAGCUGUGGGCCAUUGGAAGCUUGAAGGACCAGAUCACUGCAACUAAGCACUCUAUAGAAGGGAGAGACCAUCUUGCAGCUUCACUGGAAAGAAAAUUAGCCGAGCUGGAGGGAUCUUUACGUACACUGCAGCUAAGACUGGCUAAAAUAUUAACUGGCUGACUGCAUACGAAAGACGAGACCCUGUACUUUAUUGCUUUUUUUUUUUUUUUUUGAAGACUGGACUUUUAAUUUUGGUGUUGAAACUUUAUAAGCAUAUAUAUUGUGCAAAUGUUCAACAUGAAAGAUGACAUAUUUAGCUUUUUUUCUGUCACAUGGUUUUACCUUUUUGUAAAAAAAUAUUUUUAUUAUUUGCACCCUUGUCAUUUUCUGUGUAUCUGUGCUACUCAUGUCCUAUUAUAUAAUUACUUUAUGCUUAAAUUGCUAUGUUGUUGAAGAUGUUAAUGUUUGCUCUUCAAACUUUUUUAAGCAUGCCAUUCUAACCGAUAUAUUACUCAUACACUUUAAUUUACUUUUCAGUGCAAAAUUUCAGCUAAAACAUAAACUUUUUUUGUUCUUUUUUGUAAGAGGAAUUUGAAGCACAUUACAAAAAUGUUCAAGUAAAGGCAGAUUGAAAGGUUA